AUGGAGACUCCCAAGCAGCAAAAGCAGCAGCAGCAAAGCCCCCAGAUCUACACCACCGUGGGCUCCAUCUACAAUCCCCAUGCCACGCCCCUUCAACCUCCUGCUCGAAGAGGUCGCACCGUCAAGUGGCCGCCCAACUCGGACUACAUUCACAAGUCAGCCUUGGCUGGUUUCUCCUUGAAGGGUUCCAUGUCACCUCCCACGACAGCCAACAGCCUCCAGCAAUACUCGCCCCUGCAGCAGAACCAGGACCGUGCCGUCAGUCCUGGCACUACCAGUCCUGAGAGCUUUUAUAACUCAGCUAUGCUUGCUGGCAACUCAUUUACAGCUGCACCUGCAGCCUCCGACAAACAUGGCGAUGCAAAAGUCGAUGAUAAUGAUGAUGUGGAGGUGGAUGAAAACCUGAGGAAUAUGUCUGUGAAGACCCUGACCAACCUAGCAUCCUAUCCCAACCCUAUGCAGAAGAAUGCACAGAUGGUUCUAUCUCGUGCUCGGCCCUUGGCGAACAUAAGCAACGCAUCUAUGCCCAACUUGCGAAAUACCCGGUCUGACCCGGCCACACUGGCCAACCUCCUACAAUCCGAUGGGGUCAGUGAGUACGAGGCGCAGUCAUCGCGAAACGCUUUCAAGGCGGUCUUGUCAAAGGGCUAUGGCGCGCCUCAGCCCCUGACUGCCGGGCCCCCGGGUCUGCGCCAGCACAAGUCGUCUACCCUCGACACUGACCGACAGAGAUCGCGAGUCUAUGAUGACGCAGCUCUAGCCAAGCUAACCGCAUCCAAUCUCAACUACCAACAAUACCAGUAUCAAUACCCGUACGCAUUGGCUCGGCAGUCCACCCCAUCAUUCAAAAGUGAGGGUUUCACGUCGGUCCAAGCCCAUUUGGCCAGAGAGGCCUCAUUGAACGAGUCGACAAAAAUCAGUGAUACUCUCACUGCAGAGCAAGUUCGCCCCUUCUAUCCCUUUGGAAUUCCACACGACUUCAGCUCCCGAACGAAGCCACUUCCGCCUGGCUGGGCUGAAGAUUACCCUCUCGAUAUUUUUGGCAUGCCCAAGAAUCGCGGCCAGGCGGCCCGCCAGGCUAAGAUAGACGCUUAUUUCUACGCUGGAAACGACAUGAUCAACACCUCGAUGGACGAUGCUAUUAGAGAGAAGAGCCGUCGCGAUUUCGAGCGGACUAUCGGCGUCAUUGGGGAUAAACGAGAGAAAUCCAAGGACAAGGUCGUCAACAAGCAGUUGACCAUCGAGGAGGCGAACAAGGUUCCUGCCAGCGAACAUGCCGAGGCCCUACUUAAUAUGACCUUUCAAACCCUGAUCAAUCACCCCCAGUCUUCCACCGGGUCGACUUUGCCCAAGUUUGAGUACAAGAAGGAUUAG